AUGUUCCACUAUUAUGGACUAUUUCCGACUCAACAGUGGUCAGACAUUUCGAAUUUGACAACCGUUAUAGCGAAUAUAUAUGUGUUUGUCGACACUUAUUGGCCAUACAGCUGGGUUGUUGAUUACGUCGCUUACGUUCUUCAGGGGCUCAACAUUCAUCCAUACGCUAGUAAUGUAACCAUUUUCGCAGCUUCUGAUGCGUCAGUCAUAGUAAAUACUACCGAAUACAUUACAAACGUGUAUGAAGAAUGGAACUCAACAUCACACUCUUGGCAUCCGACUGGCUUCAACUUGCCGCUUAUUUUAAACACGGUAACCCGCAGGGUAGAGGAUUUGCUCGAUGCCGAACGGGCCACCGAUAAUCUUGGUGGGCGAUCAUUAGUCGCUCUUCUGGUACCAAGUCCCAUAUCCUAUGUUGAUGAGCAGGACUAUGACUAUUGCCAGCAGUAUCUGGACAGACUGCGCUGGCGCCUUCCAAACCUGCAGUUUAUUUACUACGGUGGUGGGGCCCUCGUACGAUUCCAUGAUUUUGUUCGGAACCCGAGCAAAGAUUUGUUUCUUCUAAACACUGAAAAGCCACCCGAAAGCUGUGGCGAUCCCGUCAUUACCCGAAUUCGUCAAGUUCCCCGUCGUCUCUCCAACCCCCGCUGUUAUUCAAACGGCGCUAUAACCGAGUUCGGGACCAACUCCCUGGAACAAUUUGCUCGCUUGGGAACUAUAAAUUUCUAUCGACUAGACUCUUUAUAUUUGCCGGGCAGACAGAGCAUGCGGUACCUUAAAAUCGCACCUAUCAGUAAAAUCACAUUCACGGUUUGCACUUCUCGAAGUAUUGAAUUACCUUUCAGAAACCAGAGUGCGCCGCUUAGGCCGGAGGAGACCUGCGAGUCCACAGCUUUGGGAUCAUAUAGCUAUGAUCUUACUGAUGCUUGUGUUGGCUACGAUUUUGAGCCUUGUCCCCCUUAUUUUUCUCCGUUCAGGCCCAAAGUUUUGGCGAAAUUUCGUGUACGCUUGACACUUGUCAAACUCCAGAUGAAACGCAGUACCUUGUUAGUUUAA